AACAGUCGGUCCGAAUUGGCCUUAUCGGCGGUACAUUCAAUUAUCUCUCCGCCGCGCGGUUUUUACGCUUUAAAAGCGUGCCCACAUUGAGCCCGGUGUAUCAGUCGAGUUUCGUUCUCGGACCAUUAAACACUCAUCAUGGAAAGCCAACGCGUUUCAGUCGUCGCAAUUGCUGUUUUUCUCGCCGGAUUGUGCGUGCUGUCCGGCCUGAACGCGGCGCCCAUUCAGUGCAACAACGGAAGUGGCAUCCAGAUAUCCGAGGACGGACACCAGAUGCAGUCGCAAACCGGUCCGGGCUGCCAAACGCAGACCUCGGAGGACGGAACCCAGAGCCAGGGACAAAUUUCGACAGGCAACGGCACCCAGUCGCAGUCGCAGUGCAGCGGCGCCUCCUGCGCAGGGUUCGCCACCUUCCCGCCCCUCACCUUCCCGCCCCUCACCUUCCCGACUUUCGCCCCCAUGCGGCCAUUCGCCCCCAUCACCUGGCGUUCUUUUCCCCAAAUGAACUUCGGUCAGCAGCAAGCGGUUGUGAGCCUUUAGAGAAAGAUAAUCCCCAAAUAAAGACUGCAUUUUCAGGUUGCUAAAGUA